GUAAAAUUACUUAAAUCUCAAUAAUAUUUUUUACAACAAGAACUAAUAUAUAAUAAUACUACAACAAAUGAGAAUCCUUUUCCAUAUAAAUAUUAUCCGUAAGAAUGGGGAUAUGGUAACAUGUGGCAGCAUGUCAGUGGAUGGAAUAAAUAUUAUCCAUAAGAAUGGGAUAUGGUAAUCUUUUGUCCAGGAAAAAGAUAUCCCAGUAACACAAAGCCUCUCAAAUCCUACAUCUGUUUUUGCUCCUUCCAUUAAUUUUCAGAAGAACAAGUUGAGACAACGAAAGACAUAAAGAAGCAUGGCAAGUAGCAGCAUGGCUUCUGCUGCAUCCGGUUUUAUGGUGGCAACCCCUAGUACUGUCACCUCUAACACUGCUGCAAGGAGCAGCUCUAUGUUAUCCUUCUCCUCCAAGAACACCACCAUCAAUAUCCCUAGGCUCGUUGUCAGGGCUGCGGAAGAGGCUGCACCACCAGCUGCUACCGCCACCGCUGAAGCCGAUGCUCCUCCUGCUAAAGCUGCCAAGCCACCUCCAAUUGGACCCAAGAGAGGAGCCAAAGUGAGAAUUUUAAGGAAGGAAUCGUACUGGUACAAGGGUACCGGCUCAGUUGUAGCAGUUGAUCAGGAUCCAAAAACACGCUACCCAGUUGUAGUGAGGUUCAACAAAGUGAACUAUGCUAAUGUAUCCACCAACAACUAUGCAUUGGACGAAGUUGAAGAAGUGAAAUGAAGGAGUGGAAGUAGUUAGUGUUCAAGGUUUUCCAUAUUUGUAAUAUGUUCGCGCGGCUCUGUGCUUUCCAUAUUUAAUCUCUAGUUAUAUACUGGCUUUGAAUGUGAAUGUGAAUGUGAAUGUGUACCAUAAUAUUCUGGCAA